UGCCCUUUUUGCAAUCCAGCUCCACCCAGACCAGCUGGAGGAAAGAGACUGAAAACAGAUAACGGACAAAAGACGACCGUUUGGCUGGAUGUAACGGACUGUCACACUCAAUUUGGGAAAGAGACAAGCGAAGAGCGGUAAUGAGAGAGAGGGAAUCAUGUCACUCCGGAGGGGACCAGUAGUCGGCUCCCACGCUGCCUUGCUUGUGUAAGUAGAGGUUUAAGGGAAUACCGUUCCCGGUGUAAGCAAGGUGACGGUGCUGAUCUUCUGCCAUGACUAGGAGCGGGAGAAGGUUGAAGGCUUGCUGAAAUCAUGAACCAGGGUAAGGGGCAGAGGGAUGGUGUCUCCUCAACCAGCAAUAACCCUCGGCCAGGAAGGGAGGGGGUCAACAUGGGCUGGCAGGGUCCCCGUUCACUGGUCCUCCACAAAAACUCCCAGGGUUUUGGCUUCACACUGCGCCACUUUAUUGUCUACCCUCCAGAAUCUGCUCUACACACCAGCCUCAAGGAUGAGGAGAAUGGGAAUGGAAAGGGGUAUCAGAGAAGUCGACUGGAGCCAAUGGACACCAUAUUUGUCAAGAAUGUGAGAGAAAGAGGUCCAGCCCAGCAGGCAGGGCUAUGCACUGGGGAUCGUUUGGUAAAGGUGAAUGGAGAGAGCAUUCUAGGAAAGACAUACUCCCAAGUGAUAGCCCUCAUCCAAAACAGUGGGAGUGUGUUGGAGCUCUCCAUCAUGCCAAAGGAUGAAGAUGUGCUGCAGCUGGCAUAUUCCCAAGAUGCCUACCUGAAGGGCAACGAGCCUUACUCAGGGGGAGCCCAGAACCUUCCUCCACCCCCUGCCCUCUGUUACCCUCGCACCAAGUCCCAGCUCCCUGCUGGAGCACCCCCGUCUGUCUCAAUGGGCCAAAAUCAGCUGGAUAACUGGAGUCGCUGGCCAGGCUCCUCCAACCCAUCUUCACCUCUGGACAACCGCUCUGCCAUGGGUACCCCACCCAGCUGGCAGGAAGGGCGGGCAGGAGAGCCAGGGGGGGUCGGUCACAGCAGCCCAGCCCACCGCACAGAGGAGAUCCAAUAUGGUAUGACCAGCCAGCAGCCUCAAGGCCAAACAAGGGGUCGCUCUUACUCUUCUUCUUCCUCUUCAGGAGGGCCUCUGUCCAGCCCACUUCAGGUCCACUACCCCAACAACAACACUGCCAGCUCCUCCCAUGCCCAGCCAUGCAAGCCCAACCAGGCAUGGGUUAGUCCACCCCUGCCCGGCAGCCAUAGUCAAAGCCGCUGCCAGCAAGCCCUCUCCGAUUGGUACUACAGCCAGCUGCCUGAUCGCCCUGGGCACAGUAUGCAGACCCGUCACCGCAGCUACUCUCAGGACCGGCUUGGUGAGGAUGGCUACAGGAGGCAACAGCAGCGGACAGGCGGCUGGCCUCACAGUGCCUCCCAAGACACACUUUUGCUACUAGAGCAGUCAGGGCCAGGGCCCCACGGAGAGCCCUAUUGGACUUAUGGAGAAUGGGAGAGAGUCUCGAGCCGAGGCCACUCUGCCUCCAACUACACUCGAACACGCUCUGAGAACCUGCUGGCCCAGUAUGAUUGCUAUGGACGUUCUUUAGAGGCACUGGACCCGACGUUGCCUGGUCUGUACCCACCUCACUUUGAGAGGCCCACCUGGCACCAACAAGCUCCUCAGCCACCACCCAGGACUGAAGCUCAAAAGAGGCAGGGGAGCAAUUAUGGUGCUGUGCAGGCUCUUCCAUUGUCCCGAAACACACAGUCUCACCACAAGCACCACUCCCAAGCCCAUACACAAGCCCAUUCCCAGGCCCAUCCCCAGCAAGCAGCUGCCCAGAGUAGGUGGCUUCCCCCUGGACAGAGCAUGGAUGACCAGCCUUUGGGCUAUCGCAGCUACAGCCCCUCUUUUUACCGCAAGACAGGCCGCAUCCUGCAGCAGGCCCACUCCUUCAGGGACCCGUCAUACUCUGGCCCACACCUCAACUGGAACCCAACCCCGAAAACCAGCCCGCCAGAGGGGGCCCCUGCUCCCCUCACCAUCUCUACUGCUUCCCCCUUGGCCUCCACCACACCUGAACCUCAGAAUAGUGCAUACAGGCCCACCAACCAUGAGAGGGAAAGAGGAUCAGGAGAAGGGCCAGAAGAGAUGAUGGCGACACAGACCCAAGAAGUGGUGCUGAGACCAAAGCCUCCCACAGGGCGAAGGAAUGCCCAUGGCAUACGCCAUCCCCACUACCCCCUUCCUGUAGUUGGCUUAGAUCCCCCUGUAUUUCCAACUGAGCUCCAGAACUCACCAACCACCACUCAGUCUAAGGGAGACGGUGCCCCAAGCAAACCAAAUGGUAACCUUGCCUCUCUUCCUAUAGAAGAUGACUCCCUGGCCUCCAUACCCUUCAUUGAUGAACCAACCAGCCCCGGCGCUGAUUUGCGUGCCCGCCAUGUGCCCGCGUCUUCUGUGGUGUCCAGCGGCAUGAGUUCAGCGCCAGCAAUGGUCACCAGCCCUGCCUCCCCCACCUUCACCUUUCCUUUAACUAGGCUGUUCUCACAUGACUGCAGCAGUAUUAAAUCCAGUCGUCGUUCCUCCUAUCUUCUAGCCAUCACCACGGAGCGCUCAAAGUCAUGUGACGAAGGACUCAACACCUUCAGGGAGGAGGGCCGUGUUUUUUCGAGACUACCAAAGAGAGUCAAGAGUUUCUUCACAGAUGGAUCUCUGGACAACCUUGGGAUGGCAGAGGAGAGGCGCUCUAAGCGGCAUUCCACGUCUGAGCUAGGCAGCAUUACGUACAGUGAUGUACUGAAAGAGGGGUGGCUGCACUACAAACAGAUUCUCACAGAGAAGGGCAAGAAGGUGGGCAGCAGCAUGCGUCCAUGGAAACGGGUUUUUUCUGUGCUACGUUCCCAUUCACUGUUCCUCUACAAGGACAAGCGGGAAGCAGUCCUCCAUGGGGCUACUCUUGGAAGCGGGGCUGAGGACGAGCAACUAAUUAGCAUCCGGGGAUGUCUGGUAGAUAUAGCAUACAGUGAGACCAAGCGUAAGCAUGCACUGCGUUUAACCACCCAGGACUUCUGUGAGUACCUGCUGCAGGCAGAAGACAGGGAAGACAUGUUGGACUGGAUUAAGGUCAUCAGGGAGAACAGCAAGACAGACAGUGAGGAACUUGGCUUCUCCAGACAGGCCCUGAUUAGUAAGAAAUUGAACGACUACAGAAAGCAGAGUCCGACAGGCAACAAGCCUGACUCCUCCCCCAAGGUCCCUCGAAUGAAGCCACCCUUCCUACUGGCCAAGAUGGAGAAUGCUGCAGGGGUGCCACGCUCUCCCAAGCCUGAAGGCAAAGAUGAGAGCAGUCCCCCAAAGUCUCCAUGGGGAAUCAACAUCAUUAAGAAGUCUAAAAAGGCAGGGCCAAAGGCAUUUGGUGUGAGAUUGGAAGAAUGUCAGCUGGGUUCCAACAACAAGUUCAUCCCUAUGAUUGUGGAGAUUUGCUGUGGCCUGGUGGAAGAGAUGGGUUUGGAGUACACAGGCAUUUACAGGGUCCCAGGGAACAAUGCUAUGGUAUCCACCCUUCAAGACCAGCUCAACAAGGGUGUUGAUAUAAACCCAACAGAGGAGAAAUGGCAGGACCUAAAUGUGGUGAGCAGCUUACUCAAGUCCUUCUUCAGGAAACUCCCAGAGCCCCUCUUUACUGACGACAAGUAUAAUGACUUUAUAGACGCCAACCGGAUGGAAAAUGCAUCGGACAGGCUAAAGACCAUGAAGAAACUGAUUGGGGACCUGCCAGACCAUUACUACCACACUCUGAAGUUUCUGAUUGGCCAUCUGAAGACUGUAGCCGACCACUCAGAUAAGAACAAGAUGGAACCCCGUAACCUGGCGCUGGUGUUCGGGCCUACUCUGGUGCGGACUUCAGAGGACAACAUGACAGACAUGGUCACUCACAUGCCUGACCGUUAUAAAAUCGUAGAGACACUGAUCCAACAUUAUGCCUGGUUUUUCAAUGAAGAGUUGGACAAAGAUGAGAAGACACCAGUAGACACAGAGGAUGUGCAGCCAGCUCCAAACAUUGACCACCUGCUGUCAAAUAUUGGCAGGACGGCUCUGCUUGGGGAGACCUCAGACUCAACCAACAGUGACUCCGCUAAGUCAAAGGGGUCAUGGGGGUCAAAGCGAGACCUCACUGCCAAGGACUUCCUGACCCUGUCCAUCAUGUCGGCUGUCACUGGUCGCAAACGCAGGAACCACCACAAUGCCCGCCUGGGCAGCAGCACCGACGAUGACUCGGAGCACGAGCCAAUAAAACCCGGCCAUCAAGCGGCAGAGGAAGGAGAGGAGGCUAAGUCACCAGUCAGAGUCACUGCUCCUCGAGCAGAGGGAGAGGAGUGUGACGAUGAUGAAGAAGAAGAGGAGGAAGUUGCCAACAGGGCACUAGUAAAAGAAGAGGUACAGGAGGAGGCGGGGGCUAUGGUUCCUGGUCAGCCCUGUUGUGAAGAGCAGGGAGGGAGGCCUGUGGCCAUGAUGCUUUAUGAGGUGGAAGGAAGGGCAGGGGUGAAGGGGCCACCAUGGCGAGCACCUGAGGAUGCGCGCUCAAUUGUCUCUGGUUACUCCACACUUUCUACACUGGGGCGGAGCCUAGUGUCUGAGGGGAGAGGAGAUGAUGCUGAUGAUGAACACAGUGAGCUAGUUAGUGAGACGGACAAUGAGAGUGGCUUUGCCUCACGCUCCCUCACUCAGGAGAGGCCUGUGAAACACCCGCCAGUGAUGGCCAACACACAGCUGCCCCCAGCAGCACCACGUAGCUUCCUCUACACACACUACAAAUCUCCCACUCUUCCAGUUGCGCCCCAUCUAGCCUCACCCACACCCCUUACACACACACAGGACCCUGGUGUAAGGAGCGAAGGAAGGGCACAUUCUACCACACCCUCCUCCUCCUCUUUCUCCUCUUCCUCCACUACUCACAGACUGCAUUCCCGGCCUUCCUUCAACUCACACAAGCUGAUCCAGUGUGACACCCUGGCUAGGAAGAAGCUGAAGGGGGAAAAGGCCAAGGCUUGCUCCUUGGACCUGUUGGAGCUAUCUGGGCCCUUAGCCCUUGGUGAGAGAGCUGAAGUUGUGGUAGAAGGUGCACCAAGAGUGAGGAGGGAGACAUCUAAAACCAACCCCUCCUCAGGCAGUAGUCAGGAGAGCCUGCGCCCAGCCAAGCCCAGGCCAGCAUUGCCACCUGAUGAGGCUGCCUCUUUCAGCCCAGCUGGACAGGGACAAGGGCUUGGGUCUUUAGCAGACCAGGUGCGAGCCCGUCUUUUGGGUUCAGCUGACGACCUGCGCAGCGUGGGUCUGCGGAAGCCCCUGUCCCCUGAGACGCGGAGGAAGAGACGUGCCUGGCGAAGACACACUGUAGUGGUCUCCCCCAACGAGGCAGCGGACAAUAAGCCUCCCCUGACUCUCACAAAAUUUCCCCUUUCACCUAGCACUCCCAACCACCAGGCCAAAUCACCAGGGAUGCCUCACCAGCCUGAAGGACUUGAUCCAGGGCACCCUUUAGGCCAGGAACUUCCUUCUGCACGCCACAUACUUGCCUCUAGAUUCCACUAGUACUUGUAAGCCUGGCCUGAAUUCCUACUGCCCUUCGUCUGUCUUCUCCUGUGCUUGAGGAUUUUGGGCUGAUGCUGCUAUUUUGUGUGGAGGCCAGGCAUAGAUAUAUAGACUCACUCCAGGUCAGUAGCCUGACAGUGUGAUGGGUAGCAAAUGAGGUCAUGCUCAGACACAGUGGAACAAAUGAUAAGUCUGUAAGCAGUCUCCCCUUUUUCUUUAUGAUAAGCUCUAUUUGCAUGGCAAGAGACAUUCUUGCAUUGCCAAAGCUUUUUUUAUUCUUUGUGUGUGCUUAUAUAGAGAUAAUAUAGAAUUGGGCCAGAGACACACAGGCCUCAUGCAGGCAAAGUUACAGCCAAUAAUUCAUAUCCAAGUGAACCAAAACCGAAUAAGCCAAUUCUUCCAGAAUUCUGUCCCUUCCCACUUGGCGAAAAUGAAAUGAGGGGGGUUGUUCCCACAAAUAAUUAGGGAAGGAUGCUUAUCCAUAUCCAACACACUCUUUUACUGGUUCUUUAAGUAUGGUGCAGGUAAUGUGUAUUGUAACUGCUAAAUUUACAAUAUGCCUCAAAGCCUACUUCAGCGAGCCAGAGCAGGGGAACAGAUUCAACAAACAACCCCCCCCCCCCCACACACACACACACACUUCUAAACUGGGACAUAAAAGGACUACAGAAGUCAGCAGUCAGGUUGGAGAAAUGUCAGAUGGUUUUCAGGCCAGAGCUGACUUUGCAUGAGUCUUCCUAACCUGUUAACUCCUCAAACCACAGAUCACUGUAGUAUUUUCAAUUGUGACCAAAAUCAAACAAGAAAGCCCUUGUUUGCAUUGCACACAUGCAUACAAACAUACAUAACACAAUAUACAGUUGUCUCUCUGCUUGCUAAUAAUGUUGUGUAUCACCUGUGAGUUUGUAUUUGCCCAAAAUGGUUAUUAACAAUGACUGUAUGCAGAUAUUUGUGCUUCUCUGUUUUAUAACAUCUGUACAAAGUCUUUUUAAGUUAACCCUGUAAAUAUAAAUAUAUUUGUUUUUACAUUUUGAGUUUUUUAUGGUUUACAAAAGUGCUUAUGCACAGUCAAUUUUUCAAGAUGUUACUUGAAAUGUGUCCCUCAACAUAUUCUUUUUCUGUUUUAUAUUACUUAGUGCUUUCACCUCUUGGGUGCAGCUCCUGCAGGCAGACCAGAUAAAAGCUUUACAUGACUACGCCUGUCCCUCUGUCCUCAUAGGCUGCCUUUCUCUGUUACCCUCAGCACUACACGCACAUACUUUAUCCCAUGAACGGUAGAAACUAACAAUACGAGUUUUAUCAAAUACAGUGCUGACUGUACAUUCAACAAUACUGCAUCCACUGGUGAAAAUGUGUAGUAGUCAAAUGCUGCAAGUUAAGACAGUAUUACCUCAGUAAUAUUUGCAGUAGGUUACAUGGGUGAGAAAGGAAACAACAGCCACACUGGGUGACUACUGUUCAUUUCAUUUGUCCUACAACUAACUUUGUGUUUGACCAUACUGUGUACAUGUAUAUUUCAGACAAGCAAAGAACACAGCAUGUCAUAUUGGAGGGACAGAAAACACCACGGUGGCAGUGUUGCUUUGAAUGGAAUAUGAAUGCACUGUGCAGUGUGUGGCCCCAGUAAAUGUUAAUUUACCUGCCUGGUGUAUACCGUCUGAAGACUGCGUCAUGGUUAUUCAUCAAGGCCAGGCACAAAACAUCCUCCCUGACUAGGAACAGGUACACAACAGCAGAUGAACACAAAUCCUCCUUAACAUGUUUUUACUGUGGAACUAAUUUUCUCAUCACAAUUAACAGUUUACAGUGCAAGAAUAUAUACUUUAGUGUCAUGAGAGAUUUUAACUUCUUUUUGUCCUCACCCACUUAGUGGAUCUGACCAAAUCAAUGAUUUAAAAAAAAAUCCAAGUGAUAGUCUUGUCUUACCUCAUGAUUUGUCCUACAAGUGCCUGUUUUCUGUACUCUUGUUGUUUUCUGCAGUGCCAUGGUCAGUUCUUAUCGUUCCAUUUCCUUUUGUUAUUUCCAUUUCAGUUUUUGAGUCUGCAAGCCUUUAACUUGUCUUGGAGAGUCUGCCUCCUCUCCAGAGGUUGCUGGUGUGUGUUGGCUGCAGACCCACACAUGUGUACAGUACAUACAAGCAGUCUGCUGACAGGCUGCUCAAAGCACACACAAGCCAAGGGCAUGUCUAUGCACUCUGUCUGCCUUCUACACAGGCACUAACAGCUAGUACUGAUGCUGCUCACAGGGACAAAGCAUAGCGCUCUCUCUCUUCUGUACAAAAGAAUGAACAGGUCAUCUUUCUCAUCCGGUGAUCAGCAGCGUAUGAAUAUGGUACACCUAACAAGCCCUACUCUAAGAUGACAUUAUUUCAUAACACACAACAAAGACUGGUACCAUCUGUCUACUUUGGAUUUCCUAUGACGAGCUGUGCAAAUUCAAACUUACUCAGCAUGAGUCAAAACUUCAUCUAAACUGCAGUUCAUGUGUGGUUGUCUGAAAGGUGGCUUGUUUUGUUAUUGUUAAUUGAAUAUUCUUUUGUACAUUCUAUCUUAUAUAAAAAUGUAUUGUGUACAUUUUGAAUUGCUUGGAGUAAAAAUAUCUUAUAUGAAAAUGACUGGACUAAUCAAUGUCCAUCCUUAAACCAUUUCCCUCUUCGCUGUGUACAGCAAGGUUAUAUGAUGUAAAU